AUGGCACCAAAUGCAUCUGGAGAACGCACCUUGAAGGAAACACCAACGUGGGCCGUGGCGGUUGUAUGUGCUGUUAUUGUGAUAAUUUCGGUGGCCAUUGAACAUGGAAUCCAUUCACUUGGGAAGUGGUUCCAAAAGCGGCACAAGAAAGCCAUGCUUGAAGCUUUGGAGAAAAUCAAAGCAGAGCUAAUGCUACUGGGCUUCAUAUCCCUACUUCUAACUGUGGGCCAGACAUACGUUGCCAAGAUAUGUAUCCCUGCCAAAGCUGGAAACACCAUGCUACCAUGCAAGAAGGUAGUCAAAGCAUACGAAAAGGUCGACGGUGGCCGGAAAUUACUGUGGGAUGAUGAUGGACUGAUUUGGCGCCGGGCCUUGGCUGCACCUGCCGGCGGCGGUGACUAUUGUGGGCAGCGUGGUGGCAAGGUGUCCCUGAUAUCUCAAUCUGGGGUCCACCAAUUGCAUAUAUUUAUUUUCGUCCUGGCCGUCUUUCAUGUCUUGUAUAGCGUCAUCACAAUGGCCCUUGGACAAGCAAAGAUGAAGAGGUGGAAGAAAUGGGAAUCAGAAACAGCCUCUCUAGAAUAUCAAUUUACAAACGAUCCGGCAAGAUUUAGGUUCACGCAUCAGACGUCCUUCGUAAGGCGGCACACCGGCUUAUCCAAAACGCCCGGCGUCAGGUGGAUGGUAGCUUUCUUUCGGCAGUUCUUCGCAUCUGUAACAAAGGUGGACUAUCUAACCAUGCGCCAUGGUUUCAUCAAUGCACAUUUGGCUCCAAACAGCAAAUUCGACUUCCAUAAGUACAUUAAGAGAUCAUUAGAGGAUGAUUUCAAGGUGGUUGUCGGCAUCAGCAUUCCGCUAUGGGCUUUUGCAGUCUUGCUCAUGAUUCUCAAUGUCUAUGGUUGGUACACACUCUUCUGGAUGUCUUUGGUGCCUCUCAUUAUACUCCUCAUGGUUGGCACGAAGCUUGAAGUUAUCAUCAUGGAGAUGGCCCAGCAGAUUGAAGAGCGGACGGCUGUCAUUAAAGGAGCCCCAGUGGUUGAGCCUAGUAAUAAGUUCUUUUGGUUCAAUCGUCCCCAGUGGAUCCUCUUCUUGAUACAUUUUACUUUAUUUCAGAAUGCAUUUCAGAUGGCAUACUUCUUGUGGGUAUGGUACGAGUUUGGGUUGACAUCUUGCUUCCACGCCAACAUAGGGAUGAACCUGGCUCGAGUUUUCGUGGGACUUGUCCUCCAGUUCUUAUGUAGCUACAUCACAUUCCCCUUGUAUGCUUUAGUAACUCAGAUGGGAUCUCACAUGAAGAAGGCAAUCUUCGAGGAGCAAACAGCCAGAGCUCUUAUGAAAUGGCGAAAGGCGGCCAAGGACAGGAAAAAGCUGCAGAAGGCCGGAGUAGAUGUUCCAUCUGGGUUCAUGAGCGGCGAUAAUACACCUAGCCAUAGUUCAUCUCCCAUACAUUUGCUCCACAAGCACAAAUCCAAUGUGGUCGACAUAGAAAGUGUGCCGAAUUCUCCUAUGUCUUACCAGUCCGACACGGACUUCUCUGAACCAGAGCCUUCUUCCCCGGUCCGACAUGGUGGCUAUCAUCCAAGGAGGCAUGAUCGAUCACCACCAAGAGAUGUAGAUCUUAGCCGUGAUUUCUCGUUUGUUAAGCCUUGAUGGGUGGCCCAUGAUCAACUUCAUGGGAUUUCCAAGGGUGCAGGUCGAUAACUGAUAUGAGAUGUUUGUACAUUGUAAGUUCAAUUUGAGAAGUGGGCCAUUUCUA